CCACACUCAACCUCACCGGUCCACGGCUUCCUCCUCAAGUUUAUCCUCCUCCUCUUCGCUUCGGACCUGUUGCUCGUCCCUCAUCUCCGCCCAUCAUGGACGGCGACGAGCUCAUUGCCUCGGUCUACCGCAAGAUCGAGCGGGAGAAGGCCCUCAUCGCCGCCGCCAGUAACAUGCGACAGUCGACCGACAACGUCCUAGUGCAACAGCGAGUCGACGCCAAUAUCCGCGAUGGCCGCAAAAACAUCGCCUACCUCGAGGAGAAGAUGCGAGAGUUGCAGCUUCGCCAAAUGGAACGGGAAGGUGGCGGUUCACCCCACGAUUCUCGUAACCAACAAGCCGGAGGGCCGCCGCCUCCUCCGAAGGACCAUCAGGGAUAUUAUGGUGGUGAAGGCGAUGCGCAAUAUCCUCAGGGCGGCGCGGGGUCGAUGCCCUCGGGCGCUCCGUUCUCUGACCCCCGCCCCUACGCCCCGAUCCCUAAGGCGCGGCCAAAUUACACAAAGCUCGAUCUAAUCAAAUAUGACACUCCGUAUCUCGGCCCGAAGAUCCAGCUCAUGCUGUCUCAACUCGAGUUCAAGCUGAGUGUGGAAAAACAGUACAAGGCGGGUAUCGAGAAGAUGGUCCGGUUGUACCAGGAUGAGGGCGACCGAAAGAGCCGCGCCGAUGCCGAAGGCCGUCGCGUGGAAAGUAACCAGAAGAUCCAGUUGCUGAAGCAGGCCUUGAAGCGAUAUGAGGAUCUUCACGUUGACAUCGAUUCUUCUGAUGCGGCGGAUGAUGAGUCGCUCAGCAGCCCCAACAUGCGCAAGCCCUUGACCGGUCUUCUUACGAUGCGAAUUCAUGCUGUUAAAGAUGUCGACCAUGCCACCAGCUCCCGAUUCUCCCGGGGCCCCGAAACAUUCGUCAUUGUCAAGGUGGAAGAUGCAAUCAAAGCCAGGACAAAGGCUACUCGAAACGAUAAAUGGCUUGAUGAAUCGUUCUCUAUUGACAUUGAUAAGGCGAACGAGAUUGAGCUGACUGUCUACGACAAGUCCGGGGACCGCCCCACACCCAUUGGUAUGCUGUGGGUGCGCAUUUCCGAUAUUGCCGAGGAAAUGCGUCGCAAGAAGAUUGAAACUGAGCUGAACGCCUCUGGAUGGGUUUCUGCUGACAAGAUGGAUGGGUCGGGCACUCCCCGAUCCGACCACCACCCAGGAUCUCCGGGCUCCUCGCAUGGGGGACCCGGCGGUGCCGGCUUCGGUGCCAUGGCGGCUCCUGGUGGACAUCCACAUGGCGACAACCCGAAUGCGCCUCCCACAGUAAUGAUUGAUUCAUGGUUUGCUUUGGAGCCAUUCGGCCGUAUCCAACUCCAGAUGAGCUUCGCCAAGCAACUGAAGGAUCGCCGUCCCUUCGAUAUUGGUCUCAACCGACAGGGUGCCGUGCGCCAGAAGAAGGAAGAGGUCCACGAAAAGCAGGGUCACAAGUUCGUCACCCAGCAGUUCUACAACAUCAUGCGCUGUGCGCUGUGUGGAGAUUUCCUCAAGUACGCCGCGGGUAUGCAAUGUGCGGACUGCAAAUACACUUGCCACCGUAAAUGCUACCCUAAGGUCGUCACCAAGUGUAUCAGCAAGGCCAACUAUGAGACCGAUCCCGACGAGGAGAAGAUCAACCACCGGAUUCCUCACCGUUUCGAGGGCUUCUCCAACCUUUCUGCCAACUGGUGUUGCCACUGCGGUUACUUGCUGCCGUUUGGACGGAAAAAUGCUAAACGGUGUACCGAAUGUGCGCUUACUUGCCACGCUCAAUGCACACAUCUUGUGCCUGACUUCUGCGGCAUGUCAAUGGAAGCCGCAAAUCAGAUCAUCGACGCCCAGAUUCGCGCAAAGCAUCACAACAAAUCUACAUCUGUCAGUUCUGGUCUCAGCGGUCGUACCCUUCGACCAGGCGGUCCGCCGCAACCCCCUCAUGACAAUUCCGUCCUCUCCUACCCCCACAAACCCACCAACGGCCCCUACGGGGCGCUUCCUAGACUACCGUCAGCCGAAGCGGUAAGCGCUGCGACUAACUCUUAUAUGGCUUCACAGUCACCACUAGCUGCUACCCAGGCUGCCCGUCAACCAUUACCACCGAAAUCGCCCUCCUCCGCUGUUUUCACUGCAAAGACUGCGGCAACGGCUGCCGGAAGCGCCCCGCCCACCAGUGGAGCCUCAGCAAGCGCCUCCUCCUUCACACGCCCAUUAUGAUCCGAAGGCCUAUGUUAAUUACCAGCCAUCAUACCAGGCUCCGCAGGUGCAGAAGCCCAGUGGACCCUCGUACCCGGUGGCCCCGCCCCCGCAAACCGUGCAGGCCAUGCCACCCCAGAUGCCCCCGCCACAAAAGGAGCCGGAGCCCCCCGUUCCUCAGCCCAAGGCUCGUAUUGGAUUGGAUCACUUCAACUUCCUUGCUGUGCUUGGUAAGGGUAACUUCGGAAAGGUUAUGCUGGCGGAAACCAAGAGCACCCGGAAGCUGUAUGCCAUCAAGGUGCUGAAGAAGGAGUUCAUCAUUGAGAACGAUGAGGUGGAGAGCACGAAGUCUGAGAAGCGUGUCUUCCUGAUUGCCAACAAGGAGCGACACCCCUUCCUGCUUAACUUGCACGCUUGUUUCCAAACCGAGACUCGAGUGUACUUUGUGAUGGAGUAUAUCAGUGGUGGUGAUCUGAUGCUGCACAUUCAGCGUGGGCAAUUCGGAUUGAAGAGGGCACAGUUCUAUGCUGCGGAAGUUUGCUUGGCUCUCAAGUACUUCCACGAGAAUGGCGUCAUCUACCGUGAUUUGAAGCUCGACAACAUUCUGUUGACUCUUGAUGGCCACAUCAAGAUUGCUGAUUAUGGUCUUUGCAAGGAGAACAUGUGGUACGGCUGCACCACUAGCACCUUCUGUGGUACUCCCGAGUUCAUGGCACCCGAGAUUCUGCUGGACAAGAAGUAUGGUCGCGCUGUGGAUUGGUGGGCAUUCGGUGUCCUCAUCUACCAGAUGCUCUUGCAACAGUCUCCCUUCCGUGGUGAAGACGAGGAUGAAAUCUACGAUGCCAUUCUUGCAGAUGAGCCCCUCUACCCUAUCCACAUGCCUCGUGACUCUGUCUCAAUUCUGCAGAAGCUUUUGACCCGUGAGCCCGAGCUGCGUCUGGGCUCUGGCCCUACCGAUGCUCAAGAGGUCAUGUCGCACGCGUUCUUCCGCAACGUUAACUGGGAUGACAUCUACCACAAGCGGGUUCCUCCUCCCUUCAUCCCCACUAUCAGCAGCCCCACAGAUACCAGCAACUUCGACCAAGAGUUCACUAGCGUGACUCCUGUUCUGACGCCUGUGCAGUCUGUGCUGUCGCAGGCCAUGCAAGAAGAGUUCCGUGGCUUCUCAUACACCGCCGACUUUGCUUGAUUGUAUGUGGUAUCGAAAAGCUACCAUGUUAACUCUUGCUUGAGUACCUGUUCACCUAUCCCUCUCGGCGAUGACUCGGUUUAACGGGGCCUGACAGCGUCGCUUCCGAAUUCAUACUGCUGUUUGCGAGGUUCUCCGCUUCCAAUUCCGCUCUCAAUACUUCUAUUUCUCUUCAAAUUGCUCUACAUACCCAUUGCAGUUGUGUUUGGUUGAGUGAUCGGCGUAGACGCCGACUCCAACCGUCCCUCUUAAGCAUGCUUCGUUUGCUGAAUGACAUGAGUAAUGGGGCAAUGCUGUUCCUUGUGGAUUUCGUGUUCGUCUUAUUAUCUGAUUAUUUAAAUUGUUUGUUCUUUCUUGCUUUAUCUUUCCACCUCUCCGGCGAGUCCUUUCCCACUUUUUCUGUUUCCGACGCCGGAUCCACGACUGUUCUACGCAAUGCUGGGCUCGUCGCUGCUUAGAACCUUGAGGUGGUGACUAGGAUAGAUCUCGAGCAGCUGUCAGCCAUGAGAAUGGAUUCAUUGAUUGGUUGUUUUUGAAGGGUCAUGAAUGAAUGGGGACGCGGUGCGUUUUCAACCAAAAAGUUGAGAUGAUGAUUAUGAUGAUGUGGAUUCAUGAGUGGAUUUGAGGAUUGGCUUAUUUCCGUUUUUACGAUUUCUCUUCGUUUCUUCUUCUUGUUCCUCUCCUGUUUUCUUUUCGUCGAAGGGGUGUCAGCGCAUGUGUCGCAGGGUCUGGCGCUGCACAUCUUUUCUAUGCUUCUGCUGUCAUGUUGUUAGAUGAGUAUCUGAUUCCCAUGGCUCUAUGGACAAGAGAUGCAAAUACGAACUAAUACAUCCUGC